AUGUACGGGUUGCUCCUGGAGAACAUGGCGGAAUACAUCCGCCAGACUUAUGGCGAGGAAAGAUGGGAGGAUAUUAGACGGCAAGCGGGAGUGGAACAGCCUUCCUUCUCCGUCCACCAGGUCUACCCAGAAAACCUCAUCACUAGAUUAGCGAAGAAAGCACAAGAGGUAUUAGGCAUUACCGAACGGGAAUUCAUGGAUCAAAUGGGAGUUUACUUCGUCGGUUUUGUGUCCCAGUACGGUUACGAUAGAGUACUUUCAGUUUUGGGCAGACAUAUGAGAGACUUUCUCAACGGCUUGGACAAUUUACACGAAUAUCUCAAAUUCAGUUACCCAAGGAUGAGAGCACCCAGUUUUAUAUGUGAAAAUGAAACAAGACAUGGACUGACCCUACAUUAUAGAUCAAAGCGAAGAGGAUUCGUAUAUUAUGCGAUGGGUCAAAUAAGAGAGGUAGCUCGACACUUUUACCACAAGGAGAUGCGAAUAGAGUUGCUUAGAGAGGAGUUGCUUUUCGACACAGUUCACGUCACCUUUCAACUCACCUUCGACAACAGGGCAUUCACUUUAGCAUCACUAGCAAUGACCAGGGAAGAAAAACAUCUACCUAUAAGCGCUUCCGUGCUUUUCGAGAUAUUUCCAUUUUGCAUCGUCUUUGGAUCAGACAUGAUAGUCCGCAGCAUCGGCAACUCUCUAAUGGUGAUACUUCCGGAUUUAGUGGGCAAAAAGAUCACGAACUGGUUCGACUUAGUGCGACCUCUUAUUGCGUUUAAGUUUGAGACUAUCCUAAACCGCACAAACAAUAUAUUUGAACUAGUGACGGUAGAGGCCGUGAUGCAUGACAAGGCACCGGACAAGAGGAACGAGCUCCUGCGUCUUUCAGACGAAUCCGAUGGUACUACUGAGAAAAAUUUAAGGCUUAAAGGUCAGAUGAUCUACAUGGACAACUGGCGCAUGAUGAUGUACUUGGGUACUCCUGUUAUGCCAGAUCUAGCAGCUCUUGUCUCCACUGGUCUUUACAUCAACGACUUAUCUAUGCAUGACUUUAGCAGAGAUUUAAUGCUGGCCGGUACUCAACAAUCCGUAGAGCUUAAACUAGCAUUAGAUCAAGAGCAACAAAAAAGUAAAAAGUUAGAGGAGUCUAUGAGAAAACUGGACGAAGAAAUGAAGAGGACCGAUGAGCUUCUCUACCAGAUGAUACCAAAACAAGUGGCAGAUAGACUUCGGAAUGGAGAGAAUCCGAUUGAUACAUGUGAGAUGUUCGACAGCGUGUCCAUACUAUUCUCUGACGUCGUGACCUUCACAGAGAUCUGUUCCCGCAUCACGCCUAUGGAGGUGGUAUCUAUGCUUAAUGCCAUGUACUCCAUCUUCGACACUCUAACUGAGAGGAACCGCGUUUACAAGGUGGAGACUAUAGGCGACGCGUACAUGGUGGUGUCAGGAGCGCCAGAAAAAGAAGAUAAUCAUGCAGAGAAAGUGUGCGAUAUGGCUCUUGAUAUGGUUGAUGCGAUCACGGAUCUUAAGGACCCCAGCACUGGUUCACAUUUAUCGAUAAGGGUUGGCGUGCAUUCCGGUGCUGUAGUCGCCGGCAUCGUAGGCCUUAAGAUGCCGCGCUAUUGCCUGUUUGGAGAUUCGGUCAACACAGCGUCCCGUAUGGAGUCCACUUCAGAAGCAAUGAGGAUCCACAUAUCGCAGACCACGCAGGAGUUGCUCUCGCCGUCAUACCAAGUCGUGGAAAGAGGAGAAAUACAGGUCAAGGGAAAGGGAGCUAUGAAAACCUAUUGGCUCGAAGGUAGAGAAUCACGGCCAUCUUUAAGCAAAAUGAUAUCCUCGCAACUGCAACCGGGGAAAGAGUUGGAGUGGGAACGAGCAGUUGACGUCAGAGACAGCAUCGCGGAACAUUCCGCCCAGCAAAUGCACAACAAGGAGCAUCUGUUGAAUUAUCAACAUCUACUAAACGCGGUCAAUUCUGGACCUAAUUCCUUAAUUAAUAGUGCUGGAAAUCUGAUAUUGUCAAACCCAAGAAACCAAGCGUCUACGGUAACGUCACCGGUGGAAGAGAGACGGAUGUAUUCUCCGGUGACUUUCCAAGACGUCGCUAGAAGAAGUAUAGCCAAUUCGCCGAACAGAGUGGAAAGGGACAGAAACUCGAGGUCUACUUCAGCUUCUGUUGGAGGUGUGUGGACUGACGCCGAGUCAAUAGAUCCACAGAGAACAUUGGACAGCUUGAAUUCGUCUUUCUGUUACAGUGCGACGUCACCUUGCAGAGCCGGCACUGCGCCUGUUACCAGGGAUCGCGAACAAGACACUUUCUUGUUUGAGCCCAGAUAUCCGGGCACCAUGUCCCUGAUAAUGGCGGACUCGUGCCCCUCGCUUCGCACGGAUCCUGCUCUGACACCGGCGCCCAAAAAUAGCACUGAGGAAAUAGAAACCGACACAGAGUACCAAGACGCGCACACUGAAAUAAGUCCAACCGGACACGUCUGCACAAUAUCCGAAAACAUCGAAUCGAACAACCCAAAACAAGGCAAAGUUGGACGUUUCAAGGCAAGAAUAGCCCCGGGCCACCACAAAAACUGUACCCAGAAGCAAAUAAAACAGGGUUCCAUAAAAGAGAAAAACCCGCCGAUUCAAUCAGGCAGUGUUCUUCCUCAUGGACACCAUCACACGAAGAACGUCAAUCAUCACCAGUGUUGCGGUGCUUUCGGAAAUCCACAUGUGAGACAUAAAGCUAGUAACUCUAGUUGUCACUUAAUUUAA